AUGACCGCCGAAAAAAUCCCCGCUAAGAUAUUCCCAGUCAAAACCUUCAUUUCCGACAUACCGGAUAAUCUAAUUCCGCAGUCCUUCACAUCUUCCGAAAAUGGCCCUGCUAGCGGACGCUUGGUCAUUGUAGGCGAUGUACAUGGAAUGAGAAAGUCCUUAGAGGCACUCCUAGACAAAGUCGGCUUCGACAAACAGAAAGGAGAUCAUCUCAUACUAGUCGGCGACUUGGUCAAUAAAGGGCCCGAUAGUCCUGGUGUUGUUGAUCUGGCUAUUAAGCUCGGGGCCAGCGCAGUGCGAGGCAACCACGAAAAUGCAGUUCUUAAUGCAGCUGCGCAGAUAAGCGCUACUGGAGAUAGCCUGCAUCAUUCCGGAGGCUUAACUGGUAGACCGGAGGCACCUGAGGACCCCGAAGCCGAUACUGUCCGAGAUUCCGAGGUUUCUGACAAAUGUGCAUCCGCCACAGCUGGCAUAAGCAAGAAACCUAGCCCUGCAACCACAAAUACUGCAUUGGCACUUUCGAGGCCUCAGCUCGACUGGCUUGCUGCUUUGCCUUUGAUAUUGCGUGUCAAAGUACCUCAAAACCUAACAUCUUGUUUUGGUGACCUUUUAGUUAUGGUACAUGCGGGUCUCGCUCCAAACAUCCCACUUGAGGACCAGGACCCACAUGCUUUAUUACAUAUGCGGAGCGUCGCUCGCACACCGGGUGUCGAAGAAAGAUUUAUACCGUCUGAGACUGCUGGAGAAGAAAGCUGGAUUACGGAGUGGGACCAGUGGCAGGAUAAGCUAGCGUCAAAGACUACGGUUAUCUUCGGGCAUGAUGCAAAACGUCGUUUGCAGCUGGGCCGAUAUGCGAUCGGGUUGGAUUCAGGGUGUUUAUACGGCAAUAAAUUAAGCGCGGUUGUAAUUGGAUCUAUUAAUGGCGAAGUUGGGAAGCAGAUUGUUCAAGUCGAAUGUGUUGAUACACCUGUGGCUCCAAAAGCAUCCGUGACAGAGGACGUCAAGGCAGGUGCUGAAUAA